ACUCCAACUCAGCGUCGUGUUUCUGUUCCUCUCGCCAAAUCGAAAAUAACGCGGCUCUUCUUUACCUCCUCGCCGUCGGUUUCGCUUCCGUCACCGAUCGGGCCAGAUCGUCGUGAUCCUCUUCUCAGCGUUGUGCUCUUUCUUCAAGUCUAGAGAAGGAAGAUUACUUUUUAUUUCUGUCUCUCUCUGCUGGAAGCAACAAUGGGUUCGUCUAGUGAGAUAAUCGAUCUCUCUACUAGUGCUCGGAGAAUAACCGUAGACAAUCGUAUCUCUCUCAAAUUUUACUUCAGGAUCGCUGAUAAUAUCCUCAAACAGGCCAACAUAUUUCGGGCUGAGAAGAAUGUAAUUGAUUUGUAUGUCAUGCUUCUGCGUUUCUCCAGCUUGGCUCUCGAGACUAUACCUUCCCAUCGAGAUUACAGAACUUCUCUUAAGAGCAACAAAGAGUAUUUGAGAAUGAGACUAUUGGAUGUGUUGACUGAGCUGGAGAAGUUGAAACCAGUUGUACAGCAAAGGAUCGAUGAACUCAAUCCCAAGCCUUUACCUCGCUAUAAUCUGAAAGCUCAUCCAGCAAAUGGUACUCCACGCUGGUCUUCGUCUGUAAAACCAAGCUAUGGUCAUGCGAAGGUAAUAAAUCCUUCUGGACAUAAUUUUGGCUACAUGGGUUCCAGGGGUCAGCAAUUCUUGAACGCUGCACCACUUCAAGAGCGUUUCCGAAACAUGUCAGUUAACUUGAUGCGACCAACAGAGGAAUCCCUUUCCAAGCAUUCUAUCUUGGGUCCUGGUGGACUCCGUGCACAGUGGCAGCCUCCCAAGACUGACAUUAAGGUUCAGUAUCCUAGCAAUAUAGAUUUUGCACCAGUUGAAAUCCCAAGCUUCCAACAACAAUUUGUGGAUAGCAAACCAAUGAUAACAAACGGCAGUAACAACGAACCUGAGAGGCCAGUUGUGGAAUCAACUUCUACUCCAAGUGAAAAUAUCCAGAAAAAUUACACGGAAGAGCUUUCAUCCAUGAUUUCUUUCGAAGAACCCGAAAGUGUUAAUGACAACCAUAUCAUCAGACAACCUUCACCACCGCCAGUACUGGCAGAAGUUCAAGACUUGGCUCCUGGUUCAUGUCAUGAAGUGAUAGAAGCGGAAUGUAAGAUAGAUAACCCCUUGCCAGAUGAGUCUCUACGGUCAGAGUCUCCUCUUGAACUCCAUAUUGCGACAACGAUGAUGGAUACCUUUUUGAGGCUUGCCAAGUCAAACACCAAGAAGAAUCUAGAGACGUGUGGUAUUCUUGCUGGUUCACUGAAAAACAGAAAGUUCUAUAUUACAGCUCUCAUCAUACCAAAACAGGAAUCAACAUCUGAUUCAUGUCAGGCUACAAACGAAGAGGAGAUAUUUGAAGUGCAGGACAAGCAAUCCCUUUUUCCACUUGGAUGGAUUCAUACGCAUCCGACACAAUCUUGUUUCAUGUCCUCUAUUGACGUUCACACACACUAUUCGUACCAGAUAAUGUUACCCGAAGCUGUGGCAAUCGUUAUGGCGCCGCAAGACUCUUCAAGGAAACAUGGAAUAUUCCGGCUGACGACGCCGGGAGGAAUGACCGUGAUAAGGAAUUGUGACCAGCGUGGUUUUCACGCGCACAGUUCGCCGGCAGACGGAGGACCGAUUUACAAUACAUGUACGGAUGUUUACAUGAACCCAAAUCUAAAGUUCGAUGUUAUCGAUCUCAGAUAGCAUCAUUGGACUUGUGCAACUAUGGUAUCUUCCUUUACCACUUUAAUAUGAUCUACGUAAGAUUAUGUACAAUUUACAUGUAAUUUUGUGAAAAAUAAUUCAAAAACGAGAGAAUUUCAAGUAAUUGUAUCUUAAACAAGCUCACAAUAUGUAUUUAAAAAUCAAUUUAUAUCUGUA